UAAGUAAUAUGUAUAUAAUGGAUUAUAGAUUUAAAUUUAAAUAAUUAAGAAAAAUUUUUUAUUUCGCUCUAUAUCCCUUUCUAUCCAAUCAAAAUCCGGUUUUAGAUUCUAAGCUCGGCACAAUUAAUUUCCCAUAUUCUUGGAUUCGAUUUGGGAAAUAAUGAGGAGCCUUUAACUGGGAAAAAUUCCUUAUUUUUAAUUUUAACUUGGGAACCAAAAAAAUCAACAACAAAACCGAAAUCAAGCCAUGAUGGAAUCGCCAAGAACUCAAAAUCUUUAAGGACAACAUCGUCGCACGUCACAGCCCGUCUCCUAUAAAUAAAACGAUUGUACCUAUACGAAUUCUUCUAAAAUAAAAUCAAAUCGUACUCAUGCCCUUAAUAGACUUUGAAUGCAUGGUCGCUGGUUUGCCCCCCUCAGGAUCCUCCCCGCCCACCAUGAAGUCUUUUGGCUCGCUUUACAAACAGCCAAAGUGCCAAGCCUCCUUCAAAAACUCCAAACCACCCACUCAGGGCGCCCCGGAAAGCGUUAGAACUCCGGAGUUAACGGCGGAAAGGGUUUUGCGCCGCAAGAAAGAUAAAAAGAAGAAGCAAUCUCGCGACUCCAAGUUGGAUGGUAGCGAUGACCAUAGUGAUUUGAAAUAUUUUCACGAGGGCGUUGAUCUCGAAAGGGUGAAGGUAAACGUAGGCAAGGUAAAGGCGAAAUGCGAUAUAUCAGCAAUUUUUGGUGACAACGAGAGAAACGUCAAUCUUAAUCAAAAAGAUCACAAAUCAUCCUCUCUCCUCAACUCGAAUUUGGAUUUAAAAGUAGGCGGGCACAGCUUAUUGGCCGCGAGAUUGGAGUAUUACGCUUUCCUGGAGGAUGAAAGAGAAGGAUUGUUUUGGCGCCAACAUAAUUAUAAUGUCGAUUUCGGGCCGUGCCUUUCUCCCCUAGUCGAGGUUGUCGAGCCCUCGAUCAAAAAUUUUCGAUCUCUCUUCCGGAACAAUUAUCUUGAGCAGCAGAGCUUUGCCUGGCAAAACUUUCAAGAAUAUCGUAGUAAGAAUUGUAUCUCUAACUCGGAUUGUCUUCUUAGUUCAAAAGCCUUAAAUGAAGAAGAGAUACCGGAUGUUUUAACGGAAGAGGCCUCGAAAAGGAUAUUACCCGAUUCGGUCGGCAUUCCAGAUAACCCAGUCGGUACCUCGGAUCAUCUGCAUCUUGAACACAACCACCCGAGCACAACCAACCCAGAUUCACGGAUAAUUAGCCUAAAUGCUAACAUCAGGAUGCCUUCCAAGCCUAUCCUAUCUACCCCUUCGUCCAAAAGCAAAGUUAUGGCUUCAGGUCAUAAUAAGAAAAGGGUAACGUUUGCCGAUGAUGUCGGACAAAGUUUGGUAUCCAUCAGAGUUAUGACCGAAGACUCAGAAUGUCCACCUGAAAGUAUAUCAGCUAGAGUCUCUCGUGACGAUCCUACGAAUGUUCCUACUAGCAUUAGGUCUGUUUCUGAUCAGAUGUCUAGAAUGAGUCUCAACUCUCCUAGUGUAAAUCCUUACCAAGUAAUCAAUGUGGGAAAUUUUCCAGGAAGUACUUAUCCCGCCACUUCACCACACGUUGUUCCUUUGCAAUCCUCUUCGAUUUCUACUACGGCCACCAACUCCACCCGUACGGUCUCGACCAUGUGGAUGCCCCAGUUCCAUUCUCCCAACUCCGAUUAUGCCAAAUUUUGCCUGAAGCUUGAAACUGAUCUCUUAUGUUUGGAAUCUGUUUUCAUAACGUCAACCACGUCUUAUCAUACCCGUACUACCUCGACAUCUUCUCCCUCUAUCUCUAAACCAAUCAGUUGCUUGAAGGGCAAUGUUAAAGUUAACAGUGGACAUAAUACCGCUAUCGAUAGUCGAAUGGUGUUCGUACGGGUCACCUUUGAUGUCUGGAAUACAUGGAUCGAUUUGCCUUGCUCAUAUGUUCCAACGCCAUUGGCAAGUCAUGGCAGCGACCAGCGGCUGAGUAAAUUUGACAAUUUUGAAUUCAGAAUACCUCUACCUUCAAUUUCUAUUCCACACGAUGUCUCAGAAUCUUCCGGCCAGCAGGAAAAGAAGGUUAUGGAAUUCGCCAUAUGCUUGAAGUACCCUAACUCAGAACAUUGGGACAACAACUACGGGAAUAAUUACAGAGUAUCCCUAAUGUCUGGUGCCGACUUAACGCACCAAAGUGUGUCUUCACGUUUGGAUACAAUAUCCAGAUCCAGAAGAGGAUCUCUCCCUUCUGAGAUGAGGAACGACAGAGACGGUGACACCUAUUUCGCCGUUUGGGAUCAUGUCGACACUGAAAAACCUUUUUGGUGAAUUUUAGAGUAACUUAUCCUUACUUUUUCAAAAUAUUUG